AUGACGGAGCAAAACCUUAAAGGCCCAAAGGGAAGAACAUCCACUCAUCUGGCUGUCGUGUCUUGCAACAGAGUAAUCCUAGAUUAUGUGGGGACGUUCAGCCUAAACAUCAGAAUCAAUAAUCGUAACUCUGCUCAGGUCGUCUUCAUCAAAAACUCCAAUAUACCCAUAAAUGAACAAAUCCACCAAUUCAUUCGUGCUGGUCCUGAUCUAACACUAACAGAUCAGCACGGUUUGAACGUGUUGCACCGCUUAAUUCACAGUAAUCCAUUUAACUCACAACUAGAAGAAUUGAUUACGGAAGUAAUAAACUGGGGAGUUGACUUAGAUGCGAAGACAUCAGAAGAGCAAAACACUGCUCUCCACUUAGCGGUGAACACCAGUUCACAAAGCAGCAAAGACCUGGUGCAUCUUAUUCUUUCGAAAAGAGCAAGUUUACUGAUGAAAAACAUUCGAGGGAGGAGACCAUUGGACUAUGCUGUUUUUGGGCAAAACAUUGAUAUUAUAGAAAUGAUGUUUUCGUUUGCUGUACGUAAACAUUGCCCAGAGAAUGAUUUGAUGAUGGCUUACCAUCGGACCACGGACUUCUAUUCUAGUAUAUCUAAACUUCACAAUCUCUGCCAAAAUGAGUAUCGAAAAACAGAAGAGCUUAAAGUGACAUCAUCUUCCGGCUUGAACAUUAAAAAUGUUCAAUGA